AUGUCAGCAGCGACACCCAGGUCCUCACUCCUCGCCGGGUCGACAACAACUGCAGUGGCCGGACAGAACAACCGUACCCCACGACAGCUGGAACAGUUCUCUGCGCUCUUUGGGAAAGGUUGCAAAGCUUAUGUGACGUUCCCGUUUACGUUAGAGGAGGUCCAUGGCAGCCAACACCUGUGGACGCUGGAGCACCCCAGGUUUGAGGACACGAAAUGGGAAAUGUUGGCCUCUUACAGGAAGCUGAUCUUCGUCCGGCACCCCCUCGAGAGAGUGGUCUCUGCUUACAGGGACAAGCUGGAGGACUACUCAGGCCAGGAGAUGCAUAACUUCCAUGUUUUCAUGAAACAACAAAUUGAGGACAAAUUUGGCGUCAAGUUGGCAGAUUCUGUGAGCUUCACGAACUUCGUGAGAUUCAUAGUGGCACAGGGUGACGACGAAAUGGUCCUAGGGGACGCCCACUGGAUCUCUUACCACCAGCUCUGUAAUCCUUGCACCAUCGAGUACGACUUCAUCGGUAAAUUCGAGCAUGUCCGUGAAGACACUGCGUUUGCCCUACGGUGGUUGGGAGCCGGAGCCGAGAUGGAGAUGCUGCCUGAGGCAAUGCACCCCACCGCUGCCACCAAUCACACUCCACACUACCUGGCACUUCUCUCCACUAGCCAAAGAAAAGCCUUUCUUGCCAAGUACCUCCUGGACUUUAUCAGCUUUGACUACUCCUUCCUCUCAACUACUUAACAUCUCUCUAACUAUGACUGAUUUAUAUUACAUUCGUUGCCAGUUUGAAAAUAGUACAGUCAGCACAUUUUCUGAAAAAAAGGAAAAUACUGAUAUUUGAUUUAAAACUAAUGCAAA